CCCCAAGGCGCUCGACCCUGGUCUGCUGGAAAUCAGUGACCGACGGCUGUCCGUCACUUCCAAACCCGACGGGGAGGCUUGGAAGCGUGUUUGAGGAGGUCGUGAGGUGCCGGGUUCCGCCGUGUGAACCGGCCGCGGUUCACUCUCACCAACUUCAGACGAAGCGUCGUGGAUUUCUUCACGUCCGCCGAGCCGCGGACGGGACGGUACCGCUGAAACCAGGAUGUCGUCAGCGGCCAGCGGUUCCUCCCUGCGGGUCUAUGCGGUGCGGCUCGGCCCGGGUCAGGAGCUGCUCACUUCUCUGGUGGCCUUCGUUGAGGAGCGAGGCCUCAGGGCGCCCUUCAUCGUCACCUGCGUCGGCAGCGUUACCAAGGCGACACUGCGGCUGGCCAACGCCAGCGCUGAGAACACAAACCAGGUGAUCCGCCUCAGCGAGCGGAUGGAGAUCGUCUCUCUGGUGGGCACGCUGAACAAGGAGGCCCACCUCCACAUCUGCCUCGCCGACAAAGAUGGCCGCACGGUCGGCGGUCACGUGCUAGGCGACCUGGAGGUCUUCACCACAGCGGAGGUGGUGGUGGGCGAGGCCACAGACCUGCAGUUUACCAGAGAGAUGGAUCCCUCCACCGGCUUCCCAGAACUGCUGGUUCAGACCUGCUCACAAACAAACUGACCUGCCUGGUCAGUAUUGUGGGGGGGGCUGGGGGCUGGGGGGGGUUAGCUGGGUCAACAUCUGUACACCAUCAGAAAACAUUAGAAACUCAAAUUUAGUUGUUCUUUAGUCUUAGUGCUUGUAUUAAGAGAGCUGUCAAUCAGUUUGGGAGUGACAGCAGCUUCCUGUCCUGUGGUUUGUAUUUUGGUAGCGGGAUGACCGUUGGGUUUAUAUUCAGAUUGAGGAUUGUCGCUUUUAAGGAAAGUGUCAUUGAUUUUUUUUGUGAAUGUGGAAUCAAUGCUGUAGUGGACUGAAGUAAUACAAUACUGAUGAAGAA